AUGUCUCUCUGUGACGCAGAGUCGUCAAAGAAGUCAUCUAACGAAGGUGUGAGAUUCGUGGCAGACCAUGCCUGGGCCGCGAUAACCAUUCCAGCUAUAGAAUAUCGCCUGCUUUAUAAGAGUGAAGUCCUAUCUCCAAUAACAGUACUUGAUCGUUCUGACUACCGAGAUGAUACUCAACCUAGCUUCUCCCGUAAGCAGGGGAAGAGCAGCUAUGGAAGCAGCAUGGUGGAUGACAUGGAAGAUGAUGAUCUAUAUGAGUUUCUUGAAGACGAGGAAAAUGAGGACGAUGAAAUAGAAGGCGAGUGA